AAUCUUAAACAAUUUUUAAACAACAAUUUAAUAAAAGCACUUUACAAACUAACAACAAAAAAAAGGACACCAUAAAUAAAUGAAUAAUCAACUUUGCAUUAAGGCACGCAAAACCAGUGAGUUCAAAAAAUAAACGAAAUACAAAUCUUGGAGUAGCUUCAACUUAUAUUAUAUAGUAUACAAAUAUAUUGUACGGAUAUAAUCAGAGUGUUUUACACUAGCCAACAAACAAAACCAGUCAAAUCGGAGACAUUUUUAAAGAAGAACUACCUCAGUAAGCAGAGUAACAAACGAAAAGUGAACCGAAAAGUGUACAAAAACUAACGAAUCUUAAAAACUAAAUACAAAAUACGAAAAACAAAAUCAGUACAAAGCCCCGCAGUUCUUAAAGACAACUGCAUAGCCAUGCCAGUGUUUGAGCUUAAAUGGCGUCUUCAAUUUUAGCCCAGAGCAGCACAGGCGCUACCGUCGACAGCAGCAGUUUGGGAGCAACUGCAGUAACAGCAGCAACAUCUGUGGAGUCCACCGUGUCCAGCCUGCACAACACCCACUUGAACCAGCUGAGCAGCCUCAGUCAGCACUACACCACGCCGUACCACCAUCCGCAUCAUCAUUACCAGCAGCACUAUCCCCAGCAGCAACAUCUCCAACAGCAGCAGCACCAGCAGCAACAACACGCCCAGCAGCAACAUCAGCAGCAGCAGCAGCAACAACAGCAGCAGCAGCAGCAGCAGCAGCACUGGGACUACUAUGCCAGGCAGCAGCAGCAACAUCAACAGCAGCAGCAGCAACAGCAACAGCCAGCGGCCGCCACCAGCAACACCAACGGCAACGGCAACAGCAGCGGCAGCAAUACCGACGGCAACAAUACCACGGUUCCAGCGCCUCUGGGCAGCAGCAACAGCAGCAGCAAUCAUGCUAAUGUUGCAACUGGUGGCAACACUGGCCAGCGGCACGGCGAUGCCAAUGCCAAUGCCAUUUCCGCCGCCUCCGCCGCAGUAGGAAAUCCGGGCAAUCCCAAUAACUCAACCAGCAACGCCAACUCGAAUUCGAACUCCAAUUCCAACUCGAACGGCAGCUACACGCGUCCCUGGGAAAUGGAGUCCAAGGACAAUGGUCCACAACCCCAAACGCAACCACAUCUGCAUCUAAAGAGCGGCUUCGAACCCUUCUCCAAGCUGCCAUCGUUUCAGAGCCAGUUCCAUGGCUUCAAUGAAUUACUACCAGAUGGUACACCCAUGCCAGUGCCCAUAGGAGCAGGAGUGCCUCCAGGUUCGGCGGCAGCAGCAGCAGCAGCAGCAGCAGGAUCCUUGCCUCCUGGCUCAGUGCCGGGGUCUGUAUCCGGCUCCGGAGGACCAAACUCAGUAUCCGGUCCUGUAGGACCAACAGCCAUGAGCUCCCUGCAAACGGUGGCCAUGUCACCGGCUAGUAUUUCGGUUAGCUCACCGGGCAUGAUGAGCGUGGGCUCACCUCUGACCCAGCUAUCGAGUCUGCAGACCAGCAUUACUCCACCCUCAGCGGGCAGUUUUCCGGCACCACCGCCGCCUAAUGCCUUUGCCCACCAUCAUGCCCUCAAUCCGCACCACCAUCAUCGGGCAGCCACUGGGUAUCCCACUCCCUACGCAGAAUUGCCACUCUAUCCGGGUUUCACCCCGUUGGGUGUAAAGAAAGAACCGAGUUCGGGCGGCAGCGACUUUGAGAUGCUGCUCAAGAAGGAGGAUUUUGAUCUCAGCAACAGCGGCGGAGGCGGACUGAUCCACCAUCCGCUGCAGCACGGCCAGCCACAUCCAAUACCGAUGGGGAUGCACACGCCUACAUCUUAUGAUGGUAACAAUAGCAACAACAGCUAUCCGCAGGCGGCUGGAAGUGGGAGUGGCAGUCAUACGCCGCACACCACCACUCAACCCACGCCCACGACGACCACACCGGUCAAGGUCGAAAAGCUGCUACAGUCGCCUAUAGCUCGGCUCGAAGCUCGGAAAAAAGAACGCCGGAAACAGCGGCCCAACUCGCUGGAGUCCAGUGCCGAGAGUGAGGCCAGCGGCAUGGACGUAGACCCCAGCAAUCCUGGCCAAGUGGACGCCGUCUCCAGCACGGCCAACUUCAAGAGUCCGCUCAGUGCCCUUGGGAUGGGGGAUAGCAACGAUGCCAAUGCCAGCGGAUGUGACAAGCAGUCGAAGAAGAAGCGCAAGCGUUGCGGCGAAUGCGUGGGUUGCCAGCGCAAGGACAACUGUGGGGAGUGCGCCCCCUGCCGCAAUGACAAGAGCCACCAGAUCUGCAAGCAGCGCCGCUGCGAGAAGCUCACCGAGAAGAAGGAACCCAAAGCCAAAACCAUCAUCUUCGGAGCCGAUGGUCAGCCCGUUCGACCCGAUUCGAAACGCGGCCGGGGCAAAGGAAAGUCCUCCGGUGCCGGCAAUGGAUCAGUUAAUGCCACAGGUAUCGCCGCCGGCAAUGGAACACCAACAACUGGGCAGUCACGCGCCCGCAAAAACUCCACCAAAGCAAACAAACUGAAUGCAGCCGCUGCAUCAGCAACAUCGCCUCGUCUAAGUCCAGUGCCGGCAGCAACUCUGUUGCCGCAGCAAUCGCCAAAUACCACAACAGCAACAGGCAACCUGCAGCAGCAGCAACAGCAGCAGCAUCAUCAGCAGCAAUACCAGCAGCAUCAGCAACUUCUGUCGCAGCAGCAACUCCUGUCGCAGCAGCAACAGCAAUAUCAGCAGCCGCAGCAGCAACAGCAGCACUUCCAGCAGCAACAGCACUUGCAGCAGCAGCAGCAGCAGCAACAGCACGCACAGCAGCAACAUUUGCCACAGCAGCAACAUCAGAUAACCGCACAAAUCCAAACCAUGAAGGAUCAACCGCAGCAGCCCAUGGCACCCAUGGCCUUCUACCCCACAUGGCAGGCGGAUCCGUCGCAGGGCUGGCAGAACCAGUUCAUACAGCAGAUACCACAGAACACACCGACCAUAACGUCCUUGAACUCCCUGGACUUCCAGACGCAGUCGUAUGCGUAUCCCUCAAAUGGCUACGUCCAGUCGGGAUUGGGAUUCGAUCCGAACUAUGGUAGAUCUCCAUAUGCGGCACCAGUACAGCGUUAUGACUUCCAGAGUCAGCAGUUGUCCACGGCUCCGUCGGCCAUCAACCAAGUGGGUCUGCAGAGCGUGGCUGGAUUUGCGCCUAGUUAUGCAGGGCAGGUCUCAGCUGCACCAGUGCCGCCGUCGCAGCAGCAACAGCAGCAGCAGCAACAACAACAGCAGCAACAUCUGGGAGCGGACCUGAAUAAGACAAUGUCGGGAAACGACACGCCUGGAUAUCCGCGGGUGAGCAGCGUGCCGCCGCGCUCACUCAACUGUAACGGGUAUUCAGGCGACUACAGCGGUUCUCCAAACACCAACAGCAGCAACAACAACAACAGCACUAACACCAGCAACACCAACAACAGCAAUCCCAGUAACAACAAUGCCACGACAGUGGUCAGCGGUGGCACCACAACACCAGCUCCACCACCCACUGCGGUGGCCCAGCCCGCCUCCUCGCCCAUGCAGCCACCCAAUCAGGCAGUGCCUCAGUCGCCCACACGCAGCAAUAUGUUGCAGCAGCAACAGCAACACCAGUCGCCCACAGGCAAUGGGCUGCAACCCUAUGUUGCACCACAGCAGCAACAGCAGCAGCAUCUGUCCUCGCCACCGAUGCAGGAUUGGAAUUGGCAGCAGCAACAGCAGCAAUCUUUGGGUGGCGAGGGGUAUCCCCAGGGUGAGAGACUCCACCUGAACACCCGCAUCAAGUCGAUGAUCAUGCGCAAAAGCGAUCCCAAGGAUCCACCGCCGGACUUGCAGCAACAACCGCAGCAGGUGCAACAGCAACAGCAGCAGCAGCAGACGGCGGUGCAGCAGCAACAGCAGACCGGUCAUUUUUUAUCGUAUAGCCACCAUCUCCGGCCCGAAGCGGCGCUGAGCGCCAACGGACCGAGCAGUGCCACGCCCACCCACCCACUGCCCAACCUGCAGCAGCAGCAGCAAGUGCAACAAGUGCAGCAGGUGCAACAACAACAGCAGCAGACGGUUGGUGGGUCAGUGGCUGCCGAGCCGAUCGGAGGUGGUGGCGAUCACAUCUGGAAGCCGCACCACGCCAACUCAUUUAAGAAGCCCAGCGUGGUCAGUGGCUAUCCAGCAGCAGGACAAGAUGCCCAGUUGCAGCUGCAGUUGCAGCAACACCAGCCAGGACAACAUACGACCAUCAGCCAUUCGGUGGAGCCACCGGUGGUGCCACCACAACAGCAACUUCCUCGUGUUGCAGCCGCUCAGCCCAAGAAGUCCAGGAGUCGCAGCAAAGCCAGUCGAGCAGCUGCGGCCGCUGCAGCAGCAGCAGAAGCAGCGGCGGAGAUUGAUCGGGAUCGAAACUCCACAGAUCCGGGAGGUGGUGGUCUGAAACCACUCAGUGCUCACUAUCCCCCGCACCCACAUGCUGCCGGAGGACCGCCACCGGGUCAGGAAUACCACUCGCAGUACAUAAAGACCGAACCAGGUCUCCUUGGUCCUCCGCAGCCGAACAAAAUGGAGGGCUACGAGCGGAACUACCAGAACUUUAUACAAUAUGCGGACUUCUGCCAAAACGAUGGUCAGGGACAACCCGUGCAACAGCAUCAUGGCCAUGGCCAGCAGGACUAUGCUGGCUAUCAUCACAACUCAGCCUAUUAUGGCGCAGGAGCAAGUAGUUUUCAGCAGAACUUCCAGCAGAAUUUUGUCCCGGGAUAUCAGCACUCCACCUACGGCAGUCGGGGGAAACCACCAGCCAAUCAACCGCAUCAAAUCCACGGACAUAGUCAGAGUUUAAUGGAGCUGGACCGAAAGCCGGAUACUAAUAGCAUCAUACCACUGCCCACGAACUACGAGAAGGAUAUACCAGCGUAUCCCAUUCCGCCUCAUCGCUAUGCCUUGGGACACGGAGCUCCUCCGCAUUUGAGUCAUCACGGCAUGCUCGAACCCAAGAUUGAGGACAUGGGAAUGCUGGGUCACGGUGCUGGCUAUGCUUAUCUGGGAAGUGAGGGCAAGCCCUUGAACAAUGGCUUUUCCUGCUGCCGACAAGGAGGCACACGUCCUCCCACAGCGGAGCACUUAAAGGAUGGAACCUGCCUUGGGUUGGGUAUUCAACCCAAAGAGGAACUCAUCGAUGAGGAUGAGCUGAUCGACACCCAUGGCAAUGGCUUGAAACCCAUUGUAGGAGUUGGCAAGGCCAAGGGUAAGCAGAAGCCAGAUGAAAUCCCCGAGAUCGUAGUGAAGCACGAAAAGAUCAAUCCUAUGUUCGACACCACGGAUCGUUUGGAGAAGGGCAACAAGACUGAGAUUCCCGAGUGCGAAUGUUUCCAGUCUGACAAAAAUCCUCCAGAGCCUGGUACUUACUACACGCAUCUGGGCACGGCUUCCUCCUUAAUGGAUUUACGAAGAGAAUUCGAGGAGCGUUGCAACCUCACGGGUCGCCAGUUGAGAAUCGAAAAGAUUGUCUACACAGGCAAGGAGGGCAAGACUUCACAAGGUUGUCCUGUAGCCAAGUGGGUCAUCCGAAGAGCUGAUCUCGAAGAGAAGAUUCUGGUGGUGGUCAAGAAACGGCCGGGUCACAGGUGCAUAGCUGCUUAUAUUGUGGUAUGCAUGGUGGCCUGGGAUGGAAUGCCUCGUUUAGAGGCGGAUAAUGCCUACAAGAAUCUGAUCCCGAAGCUCAACAAGUACGGCCUGCCCACGACGCGAAGAUGUGCCACCAAUGAGAACCGCACCUGUGCCUGCCAAGGACUCGAUCCCGAAUCGUCGGGUGCCUCGUACUCCUUCGGUUGCUCCUGGUCGAUGUACUACAAUGGCUGCAAGUACGCCCGCUCCAAGACGGUGAGGAAGUUUCGGUUGUCCGUGAAGAGCGAGGAGGCAGCCAUCGAGGAUCACAUGAACCUGAUUGCCACUCUGUUGGCUCCGGUGUUCAAGCAGGUGUGCCCGCGAUCCUACGACAACCAGACGAAGUACGAGCACGAGGCCAGCGAUUGUCGCUUAGGUCUGGAGCCCGGAAAACCUUUCUCCGGUGUCACCGCUUGCCUGGACUUCUGCGCCCACUCACACAGGGAUCUGCACAACAUGCAGGAUGGCUGCACGGUGCAUGUGGCUUUGCUGAAGCCCGGAAACCGGGACACCCGCCUCCCAGACGACGAGCAGUUCCACGUCCUGCCGCUCUACACGAUGGACGGUACGGACGAGUUCGAAAGUGUCGAGGGUCAAAGGGACAAGCACCGCACCGGAGCGGUGCAAAUGCUGGACAAAUUCCCCUGCGAAGUACGCGUGCGAUCGACUCCGUUAAUACCCUGCAGAAGACAUGGCAAAAAACGGAAGGAUGGUGACGAUGCAGCGGCACCCGACGGAGAUCAGGAUGCGGUUGGCGAUGCCAAUAGCCAGAGCAGCUCCAGCAAUGGUGCACAAUCCCAAACGCAAGCUAACAACCAGCAGAGUAGUCCACCAGCUAUGGGAACAGCCCACAUCAAGAAGGAGAAUGGAAGUGGAGUGCCAGUCAAUGGAGCCAAUAGCAAGUCAAAGGGCAAGGGAAAGUCCAACCAGUCCAAUAACUCCAGUGCUUCCACGCCGGGAUCUGCGCCACCUUCGACUCCGUCACCGCGUUGCCAGACUCCGGUUACCAACAAUCCCAGUCCGGCGGGCAGUGCUUUCAGUACACCACCCGUCCACGGAUCAAAUGCCAAUCCUCAGAGCAAUGGAGGCCAAGCAGCGGGCAAUCAACCUGGACAACUAAUGAGCUCCAACUCCAGCCUGAUGAACAUGGCAACCAUGAUUGACACGUUUACUGAUGCACAACUGCAGUCCAACCAGAUCUCAAGUACUGUCUUAGAUUCACCGUACUCCUACGACUAUCAGACGGGUUCCUACAUAGACUCCAGAAAUUACUAUGGCCAGUGGCCAACGCCCCAUGCUGCGAUGGGCAUGCAGGCGCAGGUCGGCGGACCAGGAGGAGGAGGCCCAGGAGGAGCGGUAGCAGGAGUGCCACCUCUUACACCGACCACGCCCACAGCUCAGUCACAAUUGGGAGUUCCAUCAGCGACUUCUGUUCCCGGAGGAACAACCAGCGGAGCCACAACAGGUACACUUCCACCAACAGCUCCUCCUUCGGUUACGCCAACGCAACUAGAAACAAGCAAUGGCUAUGGGCCAGGAAGUUAUCAAACCCUGGUCAGUAAUCCCGCUUCUAAUCCUCUAACCAAUCCUGGUGGAGUAACCACUGAGGUGCAGCAGCAACAUCAGCAAAGCCAACAGCAACAGUCAGCUUUAACAGGAGGAGUGGUGCCCGGUGGUCUGCCCGUAGUGGGAGGAGCACCUGGCGACCUUAAGAGCCGGCUAAUAAGCGAAGAAAAUCCUGACUCCACCACCCUGGUAAACCACCAUCACCAUCAUCACAAUCUCACGGAGAGUAAACUAACCGCCUUGACGGCCAUGCAACCGAUGACAAACCUCGCACCGCUGACCACCUCGCACCAUCCGCAGGAGGGAUUCGUGAAGCCAAAGCCACCGCCCAGCGAUUAUACCGCCCAGUAUACUGCUCAGUAUCCAAAUAACUAUCAGAUGUACCCGCCUCCACCGCCACCGCCCCACUCGGCGUAUUCCGCUUAUGAUGCCUAUCAGAACAUGAACUAUAACUAUGGGUAUCAUCAGGCUUAUUCACCGUACGGGAUGUAUCCCCAGCAGACGCCUCCGCCGACACCUCCGCCCCCAUCGCCAAAUUGGAAUAUGUAUGGUCACCACCAGACGGGAUCCGUGAAUUCAGGUUACGGUGGAGCAAAUCCAGCAACGGGAGCGGGUUCCUUGAUAGCCUCCCAUGGGGCAGUAGCUCCUACGGGCGUGGGCCUUCAGAAGCCAAUAGUUCCUGUGCCAGGACCACUGCAUCAUCAGCAGCAACAGCAACAGGUUCAACAGCAGCAGCAACAGCAGGUGCAGCAACAACAGCAACAAGAACCUCCACAAACGAUAUUACCAGACCUAAGUAAUGGCCAAAGCUCCUCCGAAACAAUAGCCACACCCACGCCUACUGGAGAGUCAUCCAGCAACGAUUCGGGAUCAGGUAAUCCGGGUGUAGGAAACCAAACUCCGACAGGUGGAGCAUCUUCAGCGUCCACCGCACCACCUGCUGCGUCUCCGGGAAGCACGAAUACCAGCAAAAUCGAACCCAUUGGAGAGGUGGCCGAGAUCAAUGAGAACAUCGAAGCCUUCCAGGAUCCGCAAAUGGGUGGCGUGGCCAUAGCCCUAAAUCACGGUAGUGUCCUGAUAGAGUGUGCCAAACACGAGAUGCACGCCACGACGGCCGUGCGAAGGCCAGAUCGUCAUCAUCCUACGCGGAUGACCCUGAUCUUCUACCAGCAUAGAAACCUCAAUCGAUGCCGUCAUGGCAUAGAUGAAUGGGAGGAAAAGAUGCGGGUAAAGAAGAUCAACACAGAUCUGGACAACAAAGCCAAAGAAGAACGGGAGCGUCUAAUAAAAAAAGCGGCUGGCGAAGAUCUGGAUGAUCUGGAUGAGGAUGCUCUGAUGCAGGAUGAGCCGGCGCCCGUUAAAAAGGAAUCCUCCGCCAAUGGUCAGCAGUUAAAAAACGGAGCCAGCGGUAGUAAAAAGAAGAAGAGCAGUGAUUCCAAAAAAUCCCAAUCUAGCGAGCAGUCAAAAAACGAGAAGGUUGCCCUCCACGCACCAACACUGACGACCACGUCGUGGACGACCCUGUUUCCCAUGCAUCCAUGCGUGGUUUCGGGGAAAUAUCCGGAGGGCAAUAGCAGUCCAACCUCGUCCACGAACAACGCGCCCAACGGUGGUGGUUGCCCCGGCCAGCAGCAGCAUCAGCCGCCUCCUGGCAGUGGGCUCAUCCACCCACCACAGGGCACGCCCACUGGCACAGCAGCACAACUACCGCACACUCCACAUCAGCAGCAGCCGCUGCCGCAGCAGCAGCAGACCUGAAUCUCUUCAGGUUGAGGGGCUACUACUGGUAACCAAGAACCGGAGUCCGCUGAUUAGCCCUAAUCUUAAGCAUCCACACAAAUCAGCCCUGUUCCGGAUUUCAAUUACGAUGAUUUAAAGCGGUUUGGAAAGUUAUAUCUUAAAUUCCGAGAUAUUAGAAAAGGUUUUGAGAUUUUAAAAAGUUUUUAAAAAAUAUCGUUGCCCUUUAGAAUUUUUUUAAACAUUUUUAACACAAAAAGUUAUUCCAAAAAGCUAGAUUUGAAGCCAAAAAUGUGAAACCUAUUUUAAUUUUAGCAGUUCUAGUUUUUCCAAAUUUAUAUCUUAAAAAAAUUAUCUGUUCCUACCGCCCACAUAAAUUGAAAGAAAUUUAAAGAACAGGGCUGUAUGACUGAAAAUUCACUCAAAGCAAAGAUAAGAAGCGGAGACAGAAGAAUUCAUUAUUUUUGUAAAUGCGUUUGAUUUCGUGUGCCAUAGGAGAAGAGAAAGAAAAGUCCCCGGGAAAGGAGUUGCAGUUAAAAGAAAAGUACAGUUGACGCUGCCAGGCCAGAGUUGUCACCAUUCCACAAAAAUAUUACCCAGAUACAUCACACUUCACUCAGCAAAAAUCACACAAAAAUAACAAGUUUCUAAACUGAUAAUACAGUUAGUUUAAAAUCAACUAUUAACUUUAGUUUUUUAAGAGCCAGCAACAAAACGAUUUCUGUUAAAUGAGUUAUUUUUUAAAGACAAACAAAAAGCAAACUACAGAAGAACAACAAAAACGAAUACUACUAAAACCAAAACUAAAUAAAGAAACUUUUGCUUAAAACAAAAAAGUCAUAUUAAGAGUUAGUGGAAGUUGAAAAAAGAAAGAUCAUUGCCAAAAGUACAAAUAAACCAUUUUUUAACAAGCAACUAGAAAACGUAAAGAAUUUCGCAAGACAACAAAAUGAAAAUAGUUGGUAACAAAGGAAAACAGUUUUUACAAAAGAACUACAAUACACUACAGGAGUUUUAAAUUUAGUUAAAUAUCCCGUUUUUCGACAAUUUGACUAUCCUUUGGGAUUGGCUCGAAAUUGAGUGGCAGUGCCAAUCGAAUUUAAAUUGUAUAAAUUCAAGCAAAUGAGGAGUUUCUCUCAAGACAAAAAGAUUUCUCACUGAAAGAAAUUUCUCAUGUGCUCAGCUUACUUACCGUUAAACCAGAACCACAAGCAAAACAGUUGAAAAUGGUGCGAGCAGGACAACUAGAACUACAACUAGAGAAGAAUUGAAUAUUUUUGAGCAAGUGAGACAGAGAAAAAUCAGAGCGGCACACGCUCGGUGAGAAAGAGACGAACCGACGGAAAUGUAAGGCAGCAAGACAUUUUUUAAACUUUAAUCAUAAUUUAAACUAAGUUUAAGCAACACAGAAACACACAUGCAACACAAACGAAAGUUACAUAUAUUUAUUUAUGCGCAAAUCGACGGCAAAUAAGGGGUUAAUUCUAGUUAUUAUUAUUUCUGCAAGAUUUAGUUUGAAAAACCCAAAAAAGACUCGAAACCAAUCAAGUAUUAAGCACUAAACAACCAACAACUAAUACUAAUACUUAUUUGCCUAACCAUUUGUAAUUGUUGUAAAAAAAACUCAAUUAAUAAUUUGCAUCCAUCCAAAAGGUAAAUUAAAAAUUAACGAUUAGAAUGCAAAUGUGGCAGCGCAACUGAAUUUCAAAUCAAAUUAGUCUACAUAUAAAUAUAUUUUGCACAAAACAAAACAAAAAACAAAAAGAAACAAAAGUAAGGAAAAGGAUAAGCAAAAAAAACGGUUAUUGAUUAUACGAUUUUUAAUUUGACGAACGGACAUGUAGAUCGUAUGUAAACUGUACGUAAUGUAAUGUAAAUGUAAGGCAGCGAAGAAGACUUUUGAGCAACAAGAAAAAACAUGUUUUGAUAAAUAUUUAAAUGUUUAUAUAAAUAUAUAUAUUAAUAUAACUUAUGAUAAUUGAUUAACUGAUUACGCAAGCCAACAACUAUUAUAGUUUGUAAAUGCUUUUUUAUCAUUUUCAAAUAAAAGCAAAUCCUUUGCCAUCAUUAAGUUACACA